AUGAAGAUCGUUGAUGCGCUUUGUUUUAAUAUUAGACUAUUGGAAGAUGCAAUCAGAUGUGGAAACUUGGAGAUGUUUGAAUAUCUAUUGGAUCACUAUCGAUUGGAAGAGAGAAUAUCAGUACGCGACAUCUGCAAAACUAUCUUAAAUGAACUAUUGUCACAUGCAGCAGAGUAUGGUCGAAUGAAUAUAACUCUAUCUUUGUUUAAGAGGUUUACUGAUCAUAAUUGGAGUGUAAGCGGUGCUUUGAUCAGAGUACCAGUGUCAGGUAAUUUAGAAUUGUUUAAAUUCUUAUUGGUUCAAUACGAUAGAUAUACAAAAGCACCCAAGUAUGCAGAUGUAUUCGAUAGCGCAGCGAGAUAUGGUAGAUUGCAAAUGAUAGAGUGGUUGUUUAGUAAAUAUACCGAUGGUCAUAAAGGUUCGAAUAUGUUUGUUAAUGCCAUAGAGAAUGGUCAUACACAUAUCGUUGAAUACUUGUUGGAGAAUCACAGAUAUCUAUUUAAGCCAGAUAAAGAGAAUUACUUGAGAGCAGUAUCCAAGAAUAUUGGUGGAAUCGAUUUAUUCAUUCGACUUUAUCAACUAGGUUGUCAAUGUUCGAAUAUCGUAAUCGGCACUGCAGCAGCCUGUGGGAAUCUCGAAGUCAUUAGGUGGAUUAAUUCAAACACAACCAUUCAGUUUCAUACAUCCACUAUGGAUAUUGCAGGUCGUUCAUUUCAAUUCGAAGUUGUCAAAUGGUUGCAAGAGAAUAGAACUGAAGGUUGUUCAGAGAAUCUGUUAGAUGCGGUGGUUAAAAAGAAUGAUCUUCAUAUUGUUAAAUAUUUACAUCAACAUCAACCCGAAAAGUGUUCUGUCAAAGCAAUGGACCGGUCACUAAAACUUGGACAUUUAGAAACAGCUAUAUGGCUAUAUGAAAAUCGAACUGAACGAUUUACACCUGGAAUCAUCAAAAAAUUUAUUGAAAAUGGAAAGCUGAAUGUCAUUAAAUGGUUAGAAGAGAACACUGAGGAACGAUGCAAUUAUCAUUCAUUAGAAGUAGCAGUAAUGUUUGGGUAUCUAGAUAUUAUCGAAUAUCUUCAUGAACGAAAUGGUUCCAAAAAUCGAUACUAUUUCUCAUCAUCAACAAUGGAUUUGGCUAUUAAAAGUGGCGAUUUGAAAAUUGUCAAAUGGUUCCACGAGAAUAGAACUGACGGUUGUUCUAUUGAGGCUCUCAACGAAUCCCUACUCUAUCGUCCAGACGGAUCUGACCUUGUACCAUGGUUAUUUGCUAAUCAAUCAGAGUUAUAUCUCGAAUCGAUUGACAUUGAAAAGCAAAUCCAAUUCCAAAUUACUAUGAAUCGACAUAAAAAUCUAUAUUGGUUGUUAGAGAAUUUUGAUGUUUCAGUUCAACAACUCAUUCAAUAUCAGAAUUUAAUUGGCAAAUUAAAACAAUACUUUGUUAAAGGAAAGAUCUUUAAAAUGUUUAAUAAUCAAUUAACUAAAAAGAUAUUAGAUUAUAUAAAUCCAUGUGAUUUAAUUUACAGAAGAGGGAUGAUCAGUUUAUCAGGUGAAGAUAUAGAUCCACUGCAUUACAACACAUAUCAUUGUCAUUCUCUGAUUAAUCUAUCAUUGGUUUCUUGGUGUUGGUUCGAAAUAGUAUCGAAACUAAUAGAUAAACUCGAGAUUUCAUUCCAUAAGGGGUGGAAGCACUAUGAAAUUGGUAUUCAUAGUUUCAGUGGUACCAGAAGAAUAAACAAUUCAUUGGGAAUACCACUCACUACCUUUGAAAAACAUAUUCGCUCUAAAUCCAGUCUGCUAAAAGUCAAUCAUUUGCGGACUGUUAUAAUCAAAAACGUUGGUUUUUGGCAAGAAGAUUACAAUCAGGUGUUAGAUUAUAUCCUAAGUGGAGAUCUCCUCAGUUCAGUGGUUGUCAAGAGUGAAUUGUUAUCAUUGGAGCCAUUCCUAUCAUCUCAUAGAUCUGAGAAAUAUCGAUUUCAAUAUUAUGUUGUUCCAUUGAUCAUGGAUUGCAACUAUAGUUCGAAAAAUGUGGACAGGAUCAUUAACUACUUGAAAGCAUCGGAAAACAAAAUCAAUACAAUGGAAAUCAUUUUCGACAGACACCCAGACGCUGUAAAUGGACUCGAUAUAUGUUUACGAAUUGAGAAAGAAUUCCCUCUAUCUCCUAUUCAUCUGUUACAAUCUUAUGGAGAGUUUUACUCAACUAUUGGAAGCUUUGAACUAAAGCCAUUUACCAAUAUUAUCAAACUUGAAUUGCAUAACGGAUAUGCAGAAGAUGUAGCUAAGGUGAUCAAAGGAGUGCCACGGUUGAAGAAAUUGAUGUUGAACAUUGAAUUCAAUUCGUCCGACGAUGAUGAAUACGAUAGAAGAAUCUAUAAGAAGAUGUUUAAUGCACUCAAAAGUCAUAACAAUAUCAAUUCUUUGACCUUAUCGAUAUCGAGAGUAGAGGAUUUGGAUACACACUAUAUAAAUAUACUAUCAGGUUUAAGUCAUUUAUUGGAUGAGAAUCAAACACUUACAAAGUUGAAUCUUUAUUGCUUCGAAAAUAUCAAUGAACAACUAUGUCAAUCAAUUGCACAGACAACCCGAUUAAGAUCAUUCAAAAUAACAUUGAUAAGAUCAUCGAUGACUCCAAAACUAUUCGAAGUACUCAAACAGAAUAGAACAAUCAGGAAACUAACAAUCAACAUAGCCUAUGACUUUAAUAGCGAAGAAAUGGAUUCAGAAAUAGGAGCAAUCAAACAUGAAAAGACAUUGAGGUGGAAUCUUUUGAAACAAUAUCCGGUGGUUCUGAUGAAUUAUGGUUACUUGGGGUUACUCAAAGAAUAUAUCGAUCGAUUACCAAAGAAUAUAGAUAUGACAAUCCUUACUCAGUAUCGAUAUAUACUGCAUAAUCUUCCGAUGGUUGUCAAGUUUGGUCAUCUUGAUAUGCUUAAAUAUCUUUGUACUUUUUUCGAAGGAACAGCAUGGUAUGAUGCAUUACCAGAGCUAUUGGAAUCUUCCAUACCAGUCAAACGAAUGGAUAUCAUGGAGUUUCUUUUCGAAGGAGUUGAAUCCAAACAUGCAGGAUAUCUAGAUAGGAAAAAGAUGAUAUUUCUAGCUGCACAAACUGGAAGUCUGGAGAUUGUCAAAUAUAUUGCAGAUAAGAUUUCAACUACAGUUAUCCAACCAGAACAAUUCCUAAGGAUAGUCGAAGCAGGCCACCUGGAAAUUGUAAAGCAUUUUUUGGAAACUUCACACAUGGAAUGUCAUCCAAAGUCAGCAGAGAGAGCAGCCCUCUAUUCACGUGAUGAGUUGAUUCUUUAUUUUAGCGAACACUUUCCAACUACCAUCACAAACGCUACAUUGACUAUACUUGCAAAGAAUGGAAAUGUUCAACUUCUCAGACAAUUGACCGAGAAACAUAACAUGAAAUGUUCAACGAUGGCACUUGAUGCUGCAGCUACAAACGGCCACUUGGAAGUCAUUAAAUGGGUGUUCGAACAAGAUCCCAAUAUCAAAAGUCAGAAAACACUAAUGGAUAUUGCUGCAGCUGGAGGUUACUUGGAUAUUGUAACAUUCAUACACAACAACACUACUACUCAAUGCACCAUUCGAGCGUUAAACACAGCAUCACAACAAGGUCAUCUAAAGGUUGUAGAAUUCUUGAUACUAAAUAGAAGUGAAGGGUGCACUCCAGCAGCAUUUGACGGAGCGAUUAAGAAUGGCCAUCUGGAAGUAUUGGAAUUCCUCUUUGAAAACAGAACUGAAAGACCAAAUAAAAAUGCAAAGGAGGUUGCUGCUAGUCAAGGUCAUGUGGAGAUUUUGAAAUUCCUGGUUUCUCGUUGUCCAGAGAUGGAAAAUACCAACCUCUUUUGCUUCAAUGAUGUUGCCACUGCCAGAUAUAUCCAUGAGGAAUUGGGUUUACCCAUUGUAGAAUAUCAUAUAGACAGGGCCCUUUCGUACAACAAUCCAGAUGUUCUCGACUACUUUUUGGGUAAUAUUUCUUAUGAUUUUCCAACGUGUACACGUUGUACUCACGUAUUAAGGAAAAUAAUACAAAACAACAGAGUACAAUGUUUAAAAACUCUAUUUAAACAUGGAGUUUCCUUUAAGCUUUCUUUCAACUCAUUGGCAGCUCAUGGUCGUUUUGAAAUGAUACAAUUCUGUAUGGAUAAUAGAAUCGUUAUGUUUUGUUCAACGCAAGUAGCUGAAUCUUUUUAUAAUCUUGAAAGAUAUCAAUCAUCAAGUGACCUUUCAGAAUGGUAUAACAAACUAAGAAAUAUAAUUACAAGAAAAUAA